AUGUCUGACGCUGUGGAUCAUUCUGAUUUGCCACAAGACAAGAGCUCAGCGGUUAGCUUACAAACGGGUACGCCUGAUGUGCCCGAGAAGAAGGACAAUGGUUCUGCUAAAGAUAAAAAGAUGGGACAGUUUACUUUUGACGAUUUCGAACAUAUUAGAGCUGUAGAUAGUCCACAAGACUUCUCCGGCCAUGGUAUAGGGCUACGAAGAUCUAAACGUAUACCGCAAUUAAGGUCUAAUAAAGAGAUGCAGGAGUUGGAAGAAGAGGCUGCCGCUGCUGAAGAAAGAGAACGUAGGGCUAAGCUAGCCCAAAGAGCAAAGGCAAGAGCUAGUGAAAGAGAGAGAUUGGCUAAGGAAAAGGGUAAGUCAUCUGCUGGAGAUUCAAAGGAUAAUGCCAAAAAUGGGACAGCAACCAAGACUGCUGGUACGCCAGAGCUCAAUGAGCCACCUGUGACGGAGAAUAAUUGGACUCCUAAUAUGCCUCUGCUCUCGUCAGACUUCAGAACGCACCACAGCGUCUUAUCUAGACUGAAAAAUCCCAAUAUGAGGCCUAUUCCGUAUGCCGGUGACGUUGUUAAGCUCAUGUCAUUCGUCAACAAGUUCCAUUUGUUUUUUGAUUCGGAGCUGCUAAACCUGUCUUUUCAAGAUUUCGAGAUUGGGUUAGACCUUUAUCCAGGCUCCCAAACUGGUACGGCGUCUGGGAUGCGUGGAACAGAUUCACAGCGAACUCUUUUUUAUCAAGAUUUCAUUCCAGUCAAAAAUGUAGUCACAGCACAGGACAAGAUGAAUUUGCUCUUCAUGACACUUCUGAAGCUUACGUUUAGCACGAGCAAAUCUACUGAAAUUCAAACUAAAGCUCAACCACAAGCGACAAUGCACCAAUUGAAAACAUCAAAGAAAGUUUUUACUACCUUGGUUAGACAGCUUCGUGAUCAUGCUCGGAGCUGGGGCUAUCCAAAGGAGUGGCGAAAUAACGUAGUUUCAGAAGAAGAGCUCGUCAAGCCUCAGUCAAGGCUAUUUGAGCAGGAUGAUAAUGGCAGUCCAGUGGAUCCCAAGAAUCCAGAAAUUCUAACUUCUAACAUAUAUACGUGGUAUCAUCACGAAGCGGUCCCCUUGGAAAAAGAUCCUUUGCAGAACCCCGAUCUGGAGAAGAAGGGAAUUUUGGCACUUGAACCCCGCGAUCGGAUUAUUUGUUUGAGGGCUUUGACCGAUUGGUGUGGCGCUCAGUCGCCCAAGAUCCGUACUGAGACCUAUCAUCUUUCCCAUUUUAAGAGGGAUCCGGCUUUUGGUAUUCAGACAAGCCACGCACCUAGGUAUUUAGUGGAGGGACCGGAUAUGACGUAUGCGCAGUUCAACAAACUGUGCUCUGUUAUUCAGUCGAGAUACGAGAUCCGGAGCAGAAAGAAGCAUGUUAAGAAGGCUCUGAGAAAUGGUCGUCGUCCCGACUUGGCACUGAAACUCAAUAUUCUCAAGGAUAUAAAGGGCAGACUCCAAGAGGUCCCAAAGGAGGAUAGGGAUGAGACCAACAUCUCGCUUUACAAUAAGUGGAGCAAACUUUUCGAUGGCGAAAUCUUGGAUAAUCCGUUAAGCGAUCCGUACGAAGAUGAGCUCUACAAACUGAGACAGCAGGAGUUUUUUAUCGGUAGAGUACCGCACAUUGGAGAUUUUUUCCUUCCAAGACUGCAAACGUAUCCCUCUUCGCCUCUGAUUAGUACUUUUCUGGACCUGAGAAAUCUUGAAUCCUUGUUUCAGGAUUACGCUAAUGGAUCUAUUGACGCUUUCACACUUUUCGAAAACCAUGGUCAAACUAUGAGCUGUCAGUUCAAGAUUCUUUACAGGGAUACCCCAACCAUGCUGAGGGAUGUUGCCGCCGGCAAGUACAGUGGAAACAAUUACUGGUACGAAAUGUGCCAUGAUUGCAAAACCCUCGAGGAGUUCCUAGAAUUUUUGGAUUACAAGAUCACUCCAGGGGAUCCUUCUCAAGACAAACCGACUGGCCAGGAACAAUCGAAAGAAUCUCAGGGUGAAAAUGUACUCAAUGAAACACCAGCUGCGGAGUCAGAGAAGCCUAAGGAGACAUCUGAAAAGAAAGUUCGGGGCAUGACUUCAACGUCGACUAUCAACAAGCAUCCGCUGCCUAAGGAAGCCAGAUUCAAUUUGGCUCGAAAGAAAUUAAAGUACUUGAAGGAUUUCUUGAGCGGAAUGCUUCCAGUGUUGCGUGUCUUUGAACAGUUGAAAGAUCAAUAUGGCUUCAUGAAGCCAGGGAAAAGACUUCUCAGAAGAUCUCAAAGGCGUGGGGUCAAUUACGACAAUGGAGCAGUUGGGGAUACCGAAGACCUUGACGAUGAAUAUAUUGAUGACAAUAGUAAUGAAGAAGAUGGCUCAGACGAAUCGUCCGAACUAAGUGAAGUGGACGAAGGGCCUGAGCGUGAAGUGAAAAAAGCUCGUCUAGAGACGAGAGAGGCAAGAUCGACAAGAAGGAGCUUAAGAUGA